AUGGCAUCUGGACGUGAACUGUGUUACUGUAUGAUCAGUGGUAUAUCCAUGUGCUAUAUCCUCACAUUCUUCCUCGUUUCACAGCCUACAAUUCCAACAUGCGCUAUUACAAGGGUGUUGAUGGGUCUGUCAAUGUCAGCUAUCUACGCGGCUAUCAUCACGAAGACGAAUCGACUGGCACGGGUCUUCAAGCCAGACAGCGCUCAACGGCCGCGAUUCAUCACCCCCAGAGCACAAGUCGGCAUAUGCGCUUGCAUUGUAUCUGUGCAACUGAUCGGCUCAAUCAUUUGGUUACUUGUCGAUCCGCCCGGGACCAAAAUUGUGUUUCCAUCUCGAACGGAAGCUGUAUUGACGUGCAAAGCGACUGCCUCUCACUUGCUCGUCUCGUUGCUGUAUAACCUGUUGCUAAUUGUCGCUUGCACGGUGUAUGCCUUCAAAACGCGGAAAAUUCCGGAGAAUUUCAACGAAACUCGACACAUCGGUUUCACCAUGUACAGCACUUGUAUACUAUGGCUGUCUUUCGGACCUAUUUAUUUCGCCACUCAAAAUAAUUUUCGAAUUCAAAUCACAUCACUUUGUAUGUGCAUUUCGUUAUCGGGUACGGUGGCACUUGUGUGCUUUUUUGCUCCAAAGGUGUAUAUUGUAUUAUUCCAACCGUAUAAGAAUGUCAGAACGAGGCAAUCGGCUGUCGGACGACUAGUGAAUCAACAGAUGCGGUUCAUGAGUCAAUUGACGUGCAAUCAAGACGGAUCUCCUACCUACAAACCUAUCAUGUCAACCUCAUCCAAUCCCUCAUAUCGACCCGGAUCCGAGGAGAAUUCGCGAGGCAGUACGCAAGCAUCAACGAUACACCCGCUCCCUCCCCUUCCAUGUAUGGAGAAGCUUAGCGAGAACAAUUGUGUACCCGUGAAAACGGAGAUCGGCAAGAAGCACUCUCUUCCGGAAACCACCGAGAACAACUGUCCGGAUUUACUAGCGGCGAACGAUGUCCGCCGAAGACGUCCUGCGAGUCUAUACACAACAAUGCCGGACGUUGUUCGACCGCUUCCGAUUACGGUGAAAGUGCCUCCAGGAGCGACUGAGUGCGACUCCCAAGUGGCACUCAUUCUUGAAGAGAUCGCCACCGAUCCUCAUGUCACAUUCCUCUAG